AUGGAAACUCCCGCCGCUGCUGUUCAACGUUAUCGCAAUAGUUUCUCUAUUGAAAAUAUUCUCUCAAAACCAGUGACAAAUUCAAAUAUUCUCGAUACGAAUGUUGAUGUUGAUGAUCAUGUGAAAUUAAAAUAUAAUUUAAAUGAUAGAAUCGCCCAAAUGAAUGCUGAUAAAAUUAAUCAUAAUUCGAUGCUGAAUAGUCCACAAAGUGAAUUGAGAUCUUCGAGUCCAGAAUCAAGUUUUAAUGAGGAUAAUUUGGAUGAUGCAAAAAGUGAUAUCACAUCAGAGGACGAUCAUGGUUCCAAUGAUGAUCGUAAGAAACGUCCACGUACCGCAUUUUCGGCAUCCCAAAUUAAGGCGUUGGAAACGGAAUUUGAGAGAGGCAAAUAUUUAUCGGUUGCCAAGAGAACGGCAUUGGCAAAGCAAUUGCAUUUGACCGAGACACAGAUUAAAAUUUGGUUCCAGAAUCGUCGCACCAAAUGGAAGCGUAAAUACACCGCCGAUGUUGAGACCCUAGCUUCGCAUUAUUAUGCCCAAUUGGGUAUUGGUGGCUUAGCGCGUCCCAUGGUUGUAGGAGAUCGUCUAUGGCUAUUUAGUCAAACACCCGCUGGACCAGCACCACUACAAUCGAUCAUGCUAAAUGGAGGACCAGCUGCCAAUGUUGGUCCCCCUUUGACAGCGGCCCAACUAAGAGCCUAUCCUGCCUCAAAUCUCUUACCACCCGUACCGAAUCCCAAUGUCAUUGAAAGUGCCCGCAAUGCCAUAUUGGCACGUGGUCAACCCUUAAAUUACACUCUCAGUCCAUAUCUGGCACAACGUUCAGCCGCUGGCACUGCUGCCACACCAUCGUCACGCUAUUUAGAAUAUGCCGCCGGUACUCCAUCAAGUCUAUAUCCAAAUUCCCCUGCCUCAUGUAAUGAUGCCUAUCUACAAAUGAAAUAUAAUGUUUUGAAUACAAUUAAUACGCCCGAAGCGGAUACCACAACACCGACUUCAAAUGGUUUGGCCGAAUUGGAGCGAGUAUUUGGUGAUACAAAUGCCAAUUUCCUAGAACACAAAGCCAAUGGAGAGAAGAGUGGUAAAACAUCAUCAGAUUUUGGUUAUAAUGGUCUGGCACUGACACAACGUGCCGGUAAAUCGACGUCGGGCAACGACAGUGAUUCCGAAUGCAGUGAAAUUGAUUGUGAACAAAUUGAUGAUGAAUGA